AGACGUCUCUUUCUGCCAUCAUUUUGUGUGAGCAAGUGAAAAAGUGAAGAAUUAAAAACCAUAAAUAUUAAAAAGAUAUUGUUCGAAUAAAACUACUGAACUUGGCUUUACAAACUAUUCUUCAUAAUGUCGCUUUUUGGAAUGUUGGGAGACCUGGAGGAUGAUCCGAUUUUCGGGCAUCAAAUGCGAGCUAUGCGCCAGAUGAACAACAUGAUGAACUCGUUGAUAGCAAAUCCGUUUGGAAUGUUUGGAGCACUGGACAACAUUACUGGACCAUCUUUAGCUGGUCCUCGCGGAGGUCUACAACUGAUGCCACAUAUGGGUCCGAAUAUGCAUAUGAAUCGACUUUUGAAUAACAAUGACGGAACGAUGUACAGCUCCAGCAGCGUGUUCUCGAUGACCUCGGGACCCGAUGGACCACAGGUGUAUCAAGCCACUUCCAGUACUCGUGCUGGACCGGGAGGGAUCAAGGAAACACGCAAAACCGUUCAAGACAGUCGAAGCGGAACGAAGAAAAUGGCCAUUGGCCAUCACAUCGGCGAUCGCGCACACAUUAUUGAAAGGGAGCAAAACGUUCACACUGGUGAACAAGAAGAACGUCAAGAUUAUAUCAACCUGGAUGAUGAUGAUGCCGAAGAUUUUGAUCGCGAGUUUCAAACCAAAGCUCGUAGCACGAUGCAUUUGGGAGGUGGACGCCGGCCAGCUCUUCAGAUUGAAGAAUUGCCUUCCAGUCAGCCCAACCCGCCGCAUAUUCGUGCUAUCGCAAACACACCGUACAAUGUGACCAUGCCGGCGGAAAGUAGCAGUGGCCAAUAUCAACGUAAUUCGGCAUCCCCGUCGUCGCCAUCGUCAUCGUCGGCCAAUCGCAAUCGAAUUACCGGUGCUCCGACUGCACAAACUGUAACACCACGUAGAGGAAUUCGAUCGCCGACAUCAUCCCCACUAGCGAUGCCACAAGCAUCUACAGGAGCAGGCCACAUUACGACAAGUGUUCACCCACAUCCUUAUAGCAUGGCUGGAAGAAAGAAUCGUGCCAUCAAGGGUCCGUCAUCUUCUCCUUACCAUCAAUAAUAGGUUGACAUUUAAGAAAAGGUAAUAAUCAAAUGACCACGCGUAAUUUUUUCUCGUAGAUUUGAAAAUUUUAACUAUACCAUCGCGUGCUAUGAUAAAAUAAAUUCUACUGUAUGAUAAACAAUCAGCAUUGCUAAAUUGCAAUCACAUUCAUUGGCGAAUAAAGGCAAAACGGGGCUCCGAACUAUUUCCUCUUAGUUAUUUUCUAUAUAUCGCUACAGGAAUUCAGUAAAUAGGUAGGUUGUGCAUCGACAUAACUAAAACUUUUUUAAAUCUCUAUUAACAUUAAUUAUAACUGUAUAUACAUGAUUGUUUGUAAGUGCAGGUAGUAAAUAGUAAUGAAAAGCUAAAACUUUCAAAAUAACAUUGAUUUUGUUUUCAUAAAUAAAACGAAAAUCGAAAAAUAAUAAUCAAAAUUUGUUUCUAUAACUUCAGCAAUGUCAAAUUCAGUUGUUAAGAGUUCACAUCCACUGGCAGCACAGUUUUUGGAUUGAUACCCAAACAGCUAAAUUUAAGGUGAUUAUAAAACGAAGCCAAACUUGGAUUUUUUAAGUGCACAAGA